AUGGGCAUCCCGAAUCCACCCACACUGGAGGAGCUGGCAAGGCAGGCGUUGCUGAGAGAUGAGGCCUUGACCAUCUCUGUUCUGGAAGACUUGCCCAAGAUGCUCUUCCUAGCACUGUUCCAGGAGGCCUUUAGUCAUAGACUCCCUAACAUUGUGAGGGCAAUGAUGGCAGCCUGGCCUUUCCCCUACAUCCCUGUAGGGACCUUGUUAACCUCUGGAACCCUGGAGUUUUCUCAGGUUGUGGUGGAAGGACUGAGGGCCCUGCUGACACAGCAGGAUCGCCCUGUGACGGGGAAUGUUCGAAUACUCGAUUUUCGGAGGGUGGCCCAUGAGAUCUGGACUGUAGAGGCUAAAACAGAAGAUGGGGACUGCUCAACAGAGACUGUAAGUGAGAAGCAGGCGGUGAAGCCCCCUCCCAGAUACGAGCAGAGGCAGCGUCUGAAGGUGAUAACUGACCUCUACUCCAGGUUCCAACAGGAAGAAGAAGAAACAGAUUUAUUACCGGGGGCUCAGCAUAGAAAAGACUCCCUACAGCUGUGCUGUGUGAACAUGAAAAUUGUGUUAUUGUCUGAAGAUCAUGUCAUUAUGUUCCGGCAAAUUUUCAGGCUAUGGGACAUUGAGAUGUUAGAAUUCACCUUAGAUUGGAAUUGGAGUUCUCUGUUACGAUUUUAUCCCUAUUUGGCGCAUAUGAAAAAUCUUCACACACUUUCUCUAGUCUGGAUGGACAAGAACACAUAUGAGCAUGCCUAUACAUCAGAGUACAAGUGGUUUGUCCGUGCUUUCAUAUCUGAGCUCUCCAAAAUCAGCAGUCUCCAGCAUCUCUAUAUGAACGGCAUCUGUUUUCUCAGUGACAACAUGAGACACUUGCUCAGGAACCUGAAGAAUCGCCUGGAAACCUUCUGUGUCACUCACUGCCAGCUGUUUCAGGCAAACUUGAACCAUUUGUCCCAGUGUCAGCGCCUCUGUCAGCUAAAACAUCUGGACAUGAGUGGAGUCCUACUCUCCAAUUUGUGUAUGAUGCCUCUCAGGUUUCUCCUAGAGAAAGUGGCAGACACUCUUGAGACACUGGGAUUAGAGGGGGGUGGGAUAAAGGACUCUCAGCUCAGUGACCUCCUUCCUGCCCUUAGCCAAUGCUCCAAGCUCUCAAAGGUCAAUUUCUAUACCAAUGACUUCUCCAUGACUGUCUUGAGUGAUCUUCUCCACUACACAGCCAACUUGAGCAAGAUCACCAUGGAGCAGUACCCUGCCCCUCAGGAGUGCUAUGAGCUGGGUGUGGUCUCCAAAGAGAGAUUUGUACAAUUUUGCCCUGUGCUCAUGGAUACACUCAGGGCCAUAAGGCAGCCCAAGAGAGUCUACUUUGCUACAGAUGUCUGCAAUAGAUGUUCUAAGCGAUGUGUGUAUGAGGAGGAGACCAGGCUUUGUUCUUGCUUGCAAUAA